ACUGACCAGGUCAUUGGUGUGUUGCCAUGGCAACCACUGUACACAGUCCCCAGUGGUGGAAGUGGGUGGUGAUGGUGUCGUCCUUCUUCGCCCUGCUGCUGGGGGGCACGGUGUCGUAUUGCGCCGGCGUCGUGCACGUCGCGCUGCUGGACCACUACCACGAGGACGUGACCGUCACGGCGUGGCUGGGGUCCCUCUUCGCCAGCAUGUUCGCUCUAACAGGGCCCGUGGCCAGUUUGGCGAUCAACAUGUUCAGCUGUCGAACAUGUGUGAUCUUGGGAGGCGUCCUCGAGCUGGUCGGGUUCGCCUGUAGUGCGUUCAUCACAGACAUGCGAUGGCUCUUCCUGACUUACGCCAUCCUUGUGGGGUUAGGGGAGGGUUUGGUCUACACCGGCUCCAUCGUCAUUCUGGGCUUCUACUUCCGAGAUCAGGUGAGUUUAGUAACUGGCGUUGGAAUGGCGGGGGUUGGGAUGGGCACCUUCUUCCUGCCACCCCUGACUCAGUAUCUGGUGGACAUUUAUGGACUUGAAGGAUGCUUCCUCUUCUUGGGAGCAAUAGCGUUCCAUGCAGCAGUGUUCGGGGCCCUGAUGAGACCUUCUGACCUUGAGACGGCGUUAGCAGUCAGUGCCAAGUCAGGGAAAACCCUCUGUCAACAAAUCCUUACUUCUUUGUGUGGACAAUGUGGCCGUGUGGGGGAGAUGUUCCAUCCAGCGUUUCUCCUGCUGCUGUUGGCAACGUUUUCCUUCAGUGUGGGCAACUUCAUCUCCUACCUCUUCCUCCCCGACAUCUUCAUCAAACAAGGCUCGUCUCCUCAACAAGCUUCCUUCCUCAUCUCCGUCGUUGGAAUAGGGGGAGCCCUGUCCAGACUCCUUGGGGGGUUCGCUGCCAACGAUCCAAAUAUAGGACCUUCUAUUCUAUUCUCAGGAACAUAUGGUGUCAUCGCAACCAUAGACUUUUUUAUAACGCCAAUGACGAAGACAAUAGUUGGAAAAGUAGCGUAUGCCUUUAUGUUCGGCUUGUAUGCCUCAGUUGGCUGGGUGCUGGUCAACCCCCUCACUCUGCACAUUGUUGGGGUCAGGAACCUCGCCUCUGCCUACGGGAUUGUGAUGUUAGCCUCAGGAAUAGGUAUCUUGGUUGGGCCUCCAGUAGCAAGUAUCAUCGCUGCAGUACACGGGAAAUAUCAAGAAGCCUUUUACUUUGCUGGUUCAACGUUUUUUGUGUCGUCCAUGUGUGGCCUGAUGAUCAUGCUGCUGAAGAAGACGCACUCGGACCUGGCGGAGGAGAAGUCCGACAUCCCAGAGUUACAGAGUCUGACAGACGGGAAGGACCACGCCAAUCAGGCUGACGGAAUCACUCUCGUCAUCCAGCCUCCGAGCACAGGCCACGCCCCCAUUCCAAGUGCACCUUUCCGAGAUGAUGACAUGUGGAAUGAGCAUUCAUGCUUUCAGUGAGUGAGUGAGUGAGUUGGGUUCAACGCCGCUUGAACAUUAUUUCAGUUAUAUCAAGGCUGGUCAGCUGGAUUCGGGGGGAAACGAUUAAACGUUUACCACUUUAAUGAUACCCAUGUGCUGUCAAACCUAGAAACAUAGUCAGGAAGAAUAUGAGAUUUGAACACAAGAUCCAAGCUUUCUGAUGACAAAUGGGACGCAACUUUCCAUGUCGCCUUAGAAGACAGGAACACAUGUGUCCCCGGGUGUAUCGAAGUCGGAUGUCCCGAAGGGACUAAUACAACAAAGUCAAUGUUGAUCCUCUAGUGUGGAUGAAGAUCUUUCGCGAUGCUCAACAUCAACAAAUAUGGUCCCCAUCAAAGUUGGAUUUAACUCAGGGUCGAUUAUACUGAAGCCAGGACUUAUUCUUUACAAAUGCCAUAGUGCUGUAAACAUAUCAAGUAUAACUCUGGGUAGACUUUUUCAAAUUCACUGAAGGUGGUCGGGUAGCCCAGUGGUUAAAGCGUUUGCUUGUCACCCGAAAUGGGUACACUGUGUGAAGCCCAUUUCUGGUGUCCCCGCCAUGAUAUUGCUGGAAAAUUGCUAAAAUUGCCGUAAAACAAUACUCACUCACUCCAUAAUGUUCAUCGGUGGUUGUGAUGAAUAUCAUCAUCAUUUUAGUUCCAAUACAUAUAGGCUACACGCCUUUAAGUACAAAAUGUGAGUACAGACAAGUUUUAAACAUUCAGUUUGGCAUUUCUUACUUCAUUUGGAGAGCAUAGAUAUUUUGCUAGAUUUGUAAUAUUAUAUGUAUCUGGUGAUGACAGAAGCAUAUUAAAUUGAUGAACGUUUGAAUGACAAUAGAACUUUGCUUUGAGAUAUAGUUGCCGUAACUUGACAUACGAUGGACAAAUGA